UCAUUGUACUUCGGAGAAAACCAAGUCAUUCAUUUCAUACCCCCAAAGACUCUUUUUCUAAACAAAAAUUGGAGAUUGUUCUUCAUUGAUACAAUCGAAAUGGGAUCAUCAACGGGUGAAAGCUAUGAUCUUUCGUUCAAGAUCUUGUUGACCGGAGACGCGGGUGUGGGCAAAAGUAGUUUGCUCGUCCGCUUCGUUUCAGCUGCUUGGGAGGAUACAGCUCCCACCAUUGGUGUGGAUUUUAUGAUCAAGUUGUUAACGGUUGGUGGCAAGAGGUUAAAGCUUACUAUUUGGGAUACUGCUGGACAGGAAAGGUUCCGAGCAAUGAAAAGCUCAUACUAUAGAGGCGCCCAAGGGAUCAUAUUUGUUUAUGAUGUAACACGGCGAGAAACGUUAACGAAUUUGUCCGAUUUUUGGGCCAACGAAGUGGAGCUCUAUGCUACCAAUCAAGACUGUGUCAAGAUACUCGUCGGAAACAAAGUCGAUCUAGAUUCCGAAAGGGCCGUAAGUAGAGAAGAGGGGAUGGAGCUUGCAAAGGAGCUUGGAUGCUCGUUCAUUGAAUGCAGUGCCAAAACAAGAGUAAACGUGGAUCAAUGCUUUGAAGAGCUUGCACUCAAGAUUAUGGAAGUUCCAAGUCUUUCGGAAGAAGGGUCCACCGUCGGAAAAGGAAACAUCCCAAAGCAAGAGUACAAUGCGCCUCCUGCCGGAGGAGGCUGUUGUUCUUAAAUUACAGCAAUCCAGAGGCUUCAACAUUAAAGAAGAAUGACUCAUAACAUAUAUAUACAGAAAUGGCAGCCAUGUUUAUGGCUUUUCAAGCUACCUUUGACAGAUUGUGAAGAGAUCAUGCAUGUAUUAUAUAUAU